AUGGCGCGCCAGGGCAAUCAAAUCGCUGAAAGCCUGGCUGUAUGGGGUUCGAUAUCUCGACCAGUGCAUCCAACUGACCACGCCGGCACCGACAAACUGCGUAAUACGGUUCGCAGGUACAUCACCGCUUCACUGCGUCUAGGCAGCGAAUCAAGUCCGCCACGCGAGGCAUGCUUGUGCACCCUAGUCUUUUGCGUCACAAGUGGCAUAACGAGGUCCAAGUUCUAUGACCGGUCUAUGCCCCAGGAAUCAACAUCUGAACGCGAGCCUGUAUUCAAGCUCGUAGCAAACGCCCAAUUCGAUUGA